UUUUUAUCGGUGUAACCUGAACAAAGUAUAUCGCAAAGAUUGAAAAUUCUUUUUUUUAAGCUUAGUUUUCAUUCAAUAGGGAUUUCGUUAGUAUCUCAGUAUUACUUUGUUGCCAGGUUUAUGUUUCAUAAAUAAAAAAUUAAUGAUUACCAAAAAAGAAUGACGACUAUCAACAGGUUUUUCAUAGUACUACUUAUGUUCGGUAAGUGAUAUCAACUUUAUAAAACUAUUUAAAAAAUAUUCAAGUGACAUAACUUGAAACCAUUUUUUAACAAAUAUUGGGUUAUUGUCGAAGUUAUUUGAUACAAAAUAAGAUAGAGUGUUAAUUGGGUUAAUUUAAGAAUACAUUAUUUAUUGACAAACAUGCAGCUACUUGGACUUUUUAAAUUUGAAAUUGUUCAUAUUUCAUAUAUAGAUAAUUCCUUUUUUGUUAUUUGAUAUACUAUUAAUAUCUCAUUUUUUUAAUUUGACGUUGACUAUACCUGAACAUUAUUUCAUUACAGAAAUGGUUCGAUGUCAGACGGUGAUAUUGUUAGAGUAUAAACAGAAUGAUUCAACAACCAUGUGCACAAAGGGAUUAGUAAAUGGUAUUGAUGAACUGUUUUUCAAGUGCAAAGCAACCUACUCCCAGCAGCAAUCGAAGCGCCAGGCACGUUUCUUAACAAAAAAUAAUUCUGACGACAGUUUUAAACUUGUAAGUUUUAAACAUUUUUUAUUGUUCUUUUUUUAAUAUGGUAAUAGAGAAACUGAUAAAUCAACAUAAUAGUGUAAAAAGCAUUUGAUUUUUAUUGGGAAAAUGUGGGGUUAGGUUUCUCAGAAAAUUACAGAUUCUUAAAGGAGGAUGAAUGGUUUAAAUAGAAAUAUUUUCAAAAGUUAUUUAAAUUUGACUCGCUGUUCAUACUUUCCAACGCCAAUGAAUUUUGAGACAAGAGAUGACUUGAUGUCAAUUUAUCUUUUACAUGAAUUACAUUAAAAUAUUGGUUGUCAUUGCCGUAUGUUCCAUUUGACGUGUGCUUACAUACAUAGCCAUAUACCUGUUUUAAAUGAUGAAAAGAAAAAAAAAAUUUAAAUAAAAAAUGAUCGGUUUGUAAUAAAUAACAAUAUAAUAUAACAGCAUCGUCACAUAAGAAGAAAACAAAUGACAACAUCAUUUGAAACAACAACAAAACGUUCACUUUUAUACUUUCUGUAGUCUAAUUUACCAAAAAAUGCUAUAACUUAAUGGUCUAAUUUAAAAGAAUACAAUGUUUAAUGGCCGUUUUUAAUUACACCUCAUUUACUCUCAGUUAAAAAAUUAUAAUAUUAACACCGACUGCAAUGGAGAAAUGCCUUCUUGCAAAAAGAUUACUAACGACGUUGUGGAAAUUAAAGUUUCAAUGAAGGCAAUGACUCAAUACAGUGGUGCUCAGAUUAAGUGUGAGACAUCUAGCGCGGAAGAAACGAUUAGUGAAAGCACUGUUCAGGUCUUUCCUUUAAUAGAGGGUAAGUCAACGUAUUUUUCUAAUCUAACUUUUCUUUUUCUUUUCAUGUAAGUUAUGUUUUGACAUAGAUAUAAUAAAUUAAUUUAUAGAACAGCCUUGUAAAACAUUCGAGGUAAUUUUAUUUAGGUCUGCAUGGUGAUCGUUAGAACUUCUAACUGCUGCACACAACAAAUAAACUGAUAAUUUAUUACUGACUUAUUGGUGUCGCAUUAUUAUUGAUGAAAAAACUAUAGAAGUAAUAGAAUUUUUAAAAUUUAUGUUGAAAAGGGAUUAUUUAGACCUAUCGCUCCGUUAAAGAUUGUUAUAUAUAUAUGGCGUCCUUCCAUCUUCGUGAGACGAUGGAGUAGCUAUAUAGUUCUACACUUUGACGAGUGGCUCACUAGGCCAAUCCUAGAAAGUCAAUCAUGGCCGAAUCUCUCGCAGGAGAAUAUUGAUUACCGGUAACUUCUUGAUUUCCGAAUUGUUCUUUUUGAUUCGAGGGCCUCGUUUCGAGUAACUUCUGUCUUUUUUACUCUUUCAAACACUGCUGUUAGCCAGUUGGAGUGAUUGUCGGCAAUGAACUCCCAUUCGUUUGUUUCAAUAUUGGCUUCCCUCAUGCUUCGUUUGCAAACGUCAAUAAAUCUCAGGCGUGGUCGUCCACUAUGUCUGGUCCCUUCUUCAAACUCUGCAUACAGCAGUUUCCUUGGGAUACGUCCUUCCUCCAUUCUCCGUACAUGACCUAACCAGCGAAGGCGUCUCUUGAUAAGAAAAGAGAAUAUGCUAAACAUGUGUGCACGUUCCAAAACCUCAAUGCUAGGCACCCUGUCCUGCCAGCGAAUGCGCAAAAUGUGACGUAGACAUCUUUGAUGGAAGCUGUUGAGUUUCCGCUCCUGACUGGUGUAUGUUGUCCACACUUCACUACCAUAUAGGAGCAUGCUAAGCACGCAUGACUGAUAGACACUUAUUUUGUUUUAUCAGUUAGAUUGAGAUUAUUCCACACCCACUUUUUCAGUUUAGUCAUAGUUGUUGCUGCUUUUGCAAUACUGAUAGUUAUCUCGUCAUCAACGGAGAGAGAACUAGAAAUAUUGGAUCCCAGGUAUGUGAAAUGAUGAAAAACCUAAAGAUUAUGACCCUCAAUAGAUAUGAUUGGAGGGGACUGUGCUUCUUGCAUCAUUACAUGAGUUUUCUGAAGACUAAUUGAAAGUCCAAACUCUUUACAAGCUUGUGAUAGACGAUUAACCAGCCCCAUGUAUACCUUCUUUAUUUAUGAGAUGUUAAGGCGGCAAUCGUCUGCGAACAGCAGUUCACGAAUCAGCACCUUUUUUACUUUGGUCUUUGCCAGAAGGCGAGCGAUAUUGAACAGCCUACCAUCAGAUCGAGUAUGGACGAACACUCCAUCUUCACAGUCCCUGAAGGCAAAUUGAAGGAGCAUCUAAAAGGGAAAAGAGCUUUGGUGCCAGUUCACAAACCUCUUUUACUCCGUUGCUAACUGGGAAUGGCUCAAAGACAGUGCCAUUGAAAGUUACUAAGCUGUCCAUGUUUUUGUGAAAUGACUGUAUUAUUGUGAGCACUCGUGGGGGAUAACCUAUUCUUUGCAAGAUACUGAAAAGCCUCUCUAACUUACGAAGUCAAAUGCCUUGGUCAGGUCUAUGAAGGCAAUACAAUGAGGCAUAUGCUGUUCACGACAUUUCUCCUGCAUUUGGCGUAGCGAAAAUAUCGUUUCUAUUCUUGAGCGCCUACUCUGGAAGCCACACUGAGAUUCUGGGUAGAUGCGGUUCACCAGACUCUCUAAUCGUUUAAUGGCAACACGUGCAAAAGUCUUUCCAUCUAAGCUAAGGAGAGAAAUACCUCGGUAGCUUUUGCAAUCACUUCGGUCCACUUUAUUUUUAUAAAAUGUUACGAUGUUGGCGUCUCUCAUGUCCUGGGGAAUGUGUCCUGCUUCCCCACAUUGACAGUGGAGCUCAUGUAAGGGCUGAAGUAGGAUAUGUUUUCCAUUUUUUAGGAUUUCCGCUGGGAUACCGUCAAUCCCUGGAGCCUUACCAUCCGCAAGGUAGUCGAUGGCUUUUCGAUCUCAUGUAAAGUUGGCUCUUCAUCCAGUUCAUUCAUUACUGACAAGGCGGGAAUAUUAUGAAGAGCGGCCUCAGUGACUACAUUCAAUUUAGAGUAUAGCUCAAGAUAAUGCUUUAACCAACGCCGGAGUUGAUCAUUUGGAUUCUGGAUAAUUUGUCCCUUCUUAUUCUUGAGUGCUGCAAUUUUUGACGUGUGUGGACCAAAUGCCCUCUUGAUGCCCUUGUACAUGCUGCUUGCACCUACGUUGUCUGAAUCCGAUUGUAUGAAGUUGCAAAGGUCUAGUCACUAAGUGUUGGCACAGUGGCGGACCAUCUGCUGUGAUAAUUGUUUACGGUUCGGAAGGCCUGUAGUGUAUUAGCACCAGGUGCAUCAUAUAGGCAAAUAGGGCUCUUAUCUCCUCUCGAUUACGGGUUCCAUCAUAUUCCAAUGCGCCUCGAACCAGUCAUUAUUUGUAUGCUCCAUUUUACCGUAGGCGGACAUGGCUGAAUCGUAAAUAGCAUCUCGUAAAUGACUCUAGUUAGAGUCAAUAGUACCAUCGUGUGAUCCUUUAGCAAGGGUGUACUGCAACACUUUUGAGAAUUGCUGCGUUUUUUCUGUGUUGUUUGAACAGUGGAUGUUUAUCCGUGGACGACACGUCUUUUUAGCAUUAUGCAAUGUUUUGGGGUUAGUCGUAUCUUGCUUUCCACUAGAGAAUAGUUCGUGUCACAGUCGGCACUAUGGUAGCUGAGUUUGUGAAUUACACUGGCUUGCUGCAAGCGCCUAGUAAUGACGAGGUCUAGCUGGUGCCAAUGGUAGGAACCUGGGUGUCGCCAUGACACCUUUUGGAUUUUUUUUACAUUUGAAGAAGGUUUUUGUAGCACAGAGACCAUGGGAGCAGCACAACAACAGCAGACGUUGUCCGUUUUCAUUAAUCCUUCCUAAUCCGUGAUAACCAAGACAUGACGGCCAGGCUUCCUGAUCAGCUCCUACCCUAGCAUUAAAGUCUCCCAGAAUGUACAAUGCUUCGGUUUUGGGAACACGUGAUAAUUCUUGGUCAAGGGUCUCAUAGAACAUUUUUUCUCUUCUAGAGUCGAUUGAAGAGUUGGAGCAUACACACUAAAUACGUUGACCUUGCCAGCAGAUAAUGACAUCCGCAGUCUCAGAAUCCUCUUCAAUCCCAAACAAGCAGGUUCAAUACAGGCCAAUAAUGUGUUUCUUAAGGCAAAUCAUGCCGUCUAGGUUCAUCUGCGGGUUUCCCCUGCCAGUAGAAUGUGUAGCUGGCUUCUUUUAUGGUACUACUAUCCGCUAGUCGAAUCUCUUGAAGGCCUGCAAUAUCAAUGUUUAGUCUAGCGAUUUCUUUGUCAAUGACGGCUGUCUUUCUUGCGUUGUCAAUCUGAUCAAGGUCUGUUUCAAAUCCCGGACACAUUGUUCUCACAUUCAAUGUUGCGCGGCAAAAUGGUUGAGUCUUCCUCCUAUUGACUUUCAUUGUCUUGCAAAUCAAACUUGCUCUAAGUAAAGUGAUGUCUAAUAAAGCUACUUAGCCUGGGCGGUGAUUUAGGGAGACAAGCUGUUGCCCAAUGCAGCAGAUCCCCAUUCUCCACGCAACUAGUGGACCCAAGGAAAUGACAAUUGCCAAUACAGCUUGGCACUGACUGCGUCGCAGGAGUUGAUGAAAUGAAAUUGUUAUUGGCGUAACAUCGACUUCGGGACUCCAUCUCAGUUUGUGUUUACUUCCAUAUACUUAUCCUACUUUCCCGCAUUGUAUUCGCAUAUUUAUAUCAGCAUAUAUUCAUAACUUUAACGUUUUUUGAACAAUUUCGGUAUUCACAAUUUUGCGUGUCAGCCAUCUUGUUGCUAACCGGAAGAAUAUAUAUAUAUAUAUAUAUAUAUAUAUAUAUAUAUAUAUAUAUAUAUAUAUAUAGAGAGAGAGAGAGAGAGAAUAUAUAAAAAUAUAUAUAUAUAUAUAUAUAUAUAUAUAUAUAUAUAUAUAUAUAUAUAUAUAUAUAGAGAGAGAGAGAGAGAGAUUGCUGAAAUGUUCUCAAUGAAAUAAUAGAAAAAUUGAAAUUUUCUUUGUAUUAUUAUGUUACAAAAUUAUUUUUUUUAAAGUUAAUUAAAAUUACUCUUAAAAUAUAUAUUUUCAUUAUGGAAGUAAGACUUAACGAUAUAUAUGGUGACUGAUUUAUGCGCUGGAAUAAUACUUUACCAUGUAUUACAAUUAAAUUGUUCUAGUUUUUACAUUUUAACGUGUUACAUUAAUAAGAGUUUUAAAUCAUAUGAUAACAUAAUUAUCUUUAUUGCAACAAUUAAAAAAAUACAUUUGUUUGUAUCCAACAAAAAUCUUAUCUAUUUAACAGACUCUAAAAGUGCCAAAGGAAAUCUCAGAAUUAAUGGAAAAGAAAUUUACUUCGACGGUAAUGAAGGCUACGCUCAUAUUACGAGUUCAUUAGUGAGUUUAGAGUUCAUGUGCAACAGUUCUCUUGUACCAUGUGUGAUCGAUGUAUUAGAAGAUGAUUCAAAACAAGUUGUAAAAGGUAUCAACCGUGUCAUUUACGAAAGAGAGUUUAAAGAACCCCAUGAACUUCAUUUCCAAAUAAAGUACGCUAGCUGUAGAUUGGAUACAGGAUACAACUCUCUCAGUUGCAAACUGAAAAUUGGUGAGCAAUAUAAGAAUAAUGAAUAUCUUAGCAAUAUAUGAUAUAUUUGUAAGAAAAAAUACAUAUAGUAAAUUAGUUUCUUUAACAGUCUCUAAACAUAUCGAUAUAUUUUCGUAUAUCUUUUAAAUAAAAUUUUGAGAUUAACACGUGGAUAACUGUUUUUAUAUUAUCUUUCAUUUUAUGAGUCUAGUUGUAUAAAUUGAAGGUUUGCUGCAUGCAUCUAAAACCCACUUUUAGGCAGAUAAAUAUGUUACGUUAAUUAAAUUUUGACAUUUCGUAUUUAUGAGAAUGUGACUUUUAUAAACGAUGGUCUAGUUAAAUGAAAAUUCUACUAAGAUUAAACUAAAUGGUUUAUAAAUAAUAAUAAUGCGUAAGAUAAUAAAGCAAUGCCACUAAAACAAAAUCACUACGUACUUGCUGACUCUUUUUAAUGACUUUCUUUAAAGUAACAUUUCGAUAUAUUUUUUUUUUUUUCCUGAAAAACCUAAUCUUUUCUUUCGUGUCUAUUCAGUCUCAUUCGUGCCGUCAUGCAAUUUUGCUUCAGUUGUUGACACAAAAUGGCACCUCUGGUAUUUUUUUUUUUUUUUUUUUUUAAUUUAUUUUUUUAUUUUUUUUUUUUUUUUUUUUUUUUCCUGAAAAACCUAAUCUUUUCUUUCGUGUCUAUUCAGUCUCAUUCGUGCCGUCAUGCAAUUUUGCUUCAGUUGUUGACACAAAAUGGCACCUCUGGUUGCGUGGUUGAUGGAUGGGAGGCUUGGGGUUAGAAAAUUAGAGAAAGUGAUUUUUUUUAAAAGAAUUAAAAAACAAACCCUACCCCUUCGCUUAGAAAAAAAUCGGUCCUAACUGUAGUGUUUUAGAAUGAGAUGGGGGAAUAUGUUUGGGAAAAGUAAUUCGACAAUAAUUCUAUAAUCAACAGACGACAAACAGUCGUUAAAUUUUAAUUAUAUCAUAUCAUAUCAUAUCAUAUCAUAGAUGUAAAUAUAACUGCAAUUGUGUGGGUUUGGGGGUUUGUUCCACAAAGGCUUUUACAUGAAUUGAUGGAUCUUGACCAAACUUUGCAAAAAUAUGCAUCAUUUUUCGGAUGGAGCUAUUAAGGGAUUAUAAACUUUUAUAACAUUCCGUUUGGGGAGAAAGGGGGGGGGGUGCCGAAUUAGCUUUUUCUUAUAUGAGCUAUAUCAAUAAAAUUAACAGGAAAUACUCCUACAUGAGUCGAUGGAUCUUGACAAUACUUAGUACACAUUCACUUUAUUACCCAUAUUAAAAUACCGAGGGUAUGGAACUCAUAAUAUCUAUUCCUCUGGGGCCUCUGGGAAUACACUUCAUUGUCCGUAUUGAAAUAUCGGUGGAUUUAAAACUAAUAAUAUCAAUUCUCGAAUUUUCUAGAACGUUCGAUAAUUUUAAAAAGCUAUAUUUAUAGAAUUUUAAAGUAGAUUUUAAUGGGACACAUUUUUAAUUCUAACUCUAUUAUUUAUCUGUCUGAUAUUAUAUAUAGGACCCCUAUCUCAGGCAUAACUAAAUCAUUACAGUUAUGGAGGGGUCCCCGGAGCCCCAUGAUUGACUUAAAAGAAAAAGGAUUAAAAUUAUGGCAUUUGUUGAAGAUUUUUAACGUAUCCAAAAAUAAUUAGAAAAGUAGUUUUUACAUGUUUUGAGCAGGUUAUUAAAUUUAAUCUAAAAUAUUCCAGAAAGUUCUAAAUUGUUAAUAGGGGAUGUAUAGUAGGAUCUAAGGGAAUAUUGAAAUGUUAGUUAGUUCUAUUCAUUUCUAUACUGUCCCGGAGGCACUUUGAAGCAUUUGCUACUGUUUCUGAUGUAAAUGUUUUAUGGGAAUGUCAGUGGUGAAGUUAGUGUUCAGUGAGCAUUUUGCUUUGAUCAGUCUGAUUCAAAACAAUGAAUAAGUAAAUAAUCAGAAUUAUGUCCAAUAACCAUUUAUCUUCAAUUUUCUACGUCUUUGAUGUAUGUGUAGACAGAUUAAUUGAUAGUUAGGUAGCUAAAUGGAUGUGUGCAAAGAUCGGCCGAUUUUGAGUAAAUCUUUAAAUUAUUAGGCAGAUGAAUGCAUUGGUAGAUGGAUAGCUGGGGUUUGUAGAUUUUUGAUGGAUCGGUUGGUUUGUAGAUGAAAAGUGGGAAAUUUGGAUAGAUCAACUAAUAAAAAAUUGCCCAUUUAUUCAAAAACAUUGUUUCUACUUUUGAAUACAUUUAAUUUGAAUGUUCUUUGUUUGUUAUCGUCCCCUUUUUAUAAAUAUAUUAUGCUUGAUUCUAUAAUUUAUCCUUUGUUUAAUUUUUUUAGAGCCGCCUAUAUUGCAAGAGAAAGACGAGAGCAUCUUUCUUUCUUUAACUCUGUUAUUAACAGCAGCAACGCUUAUCAUAAUCAUUUUAAUACUGCUAAAACUCAGGUAAGCCUACUGUGUCUUUACUUUUUGCAUGUGUUUCAGCUGAAAUUUUAUCUAAAUUUAAACUUUCGUUUUCACACAUAUUUUUUUAAAUCUUAUAUAUAUAAAAAUGAAUGUCUGUAUGUAUGUGUUAUGUUUUCAUUGUUUUUAUUUCAAACAAGUAACAUAAACAUAUAUAUACAAAAAUACAAGUUCUCAAUCAGGUGUUGACUUUCUGUUUGCGUCCGGAACACGGUUCAUAAACACACACACUCUGUGUCCAAUCUCUCUGCGCAUGCGCGCUGUUUCCUUGGCUGGCUAUCGGUACGGUCCAGUCCACUAGUCCACCAUAACACCUCCCAGAACAAUUACAAGUCCAGUAACAAUGGUGCUCGACGUUGUCUUUGAGAUUUUCUGGGUAUGACAUAGUCUGAAUGUCCUGGAUGUCGAGGGUUAAUCUUCUUCUUAGGUGGACUGGAGUUGCUGGAUGUAUAGACGGUUGAUGACUCAGGGCUGGCUGAGCUGUUGGAUAAAGACUUCCUGUCAUUAUAUCUUAACUUGGUUCUGCAUCUUCUUCUUCUCAAUACCUGGGGCGAAGUUGGUCUAAAUGUCUCUUCCAAAUGGGACCAUUCAGAUAAAUCUUCACAUUGAAAAGACGUGGACCCCUAACUUGGUUGAUUGUACCAGGAGCCCAUCGUGGUUUAGAGUCUGUUGCUGUUCCAUAUACUCUUACGUAACACGGAUCUCCGCAGUUAAAUGAUCGACUAGGACUUCUUUUUGUCCCAUUGCGGACGGCUAUUUCUUUAAGAUGCUGUCCCUGUGAUCGAUGAGCAGGAGAGGGAACUAGCGUAUCAUUAAGUGUUCUUAUUUGCCGAUUGUUCAGCAGUUGGCUAGGUGAUAAUCCACUUACCAAUGGUGUCCUACGAUACUGACGCAGAAAGUCUUGUAGAGAUUCCUUUAAAGGUAAUGAGGAUUUCUUUAGUGAUCUCUUGAAACUUUGAAUCAGUCGUUCUGCAGCUCCAUUCGUAGCAGGAUAGUAGGGAGCGCCUGCAAGAUGUACUAUACCCCUCUCAUUACACCAAUGCUGAAAUUCUUCUGAGAUGAAGCAAGUAGCAUUGUCACUGACUAUGGUGUGUCGAUAGCCGAAAUGAGCAAAAUCUUCCCCCAGAAGAUCAAUGUUGGCUUUGGUCGAUGUAGAUGUUGUCCUGUGCAUACACGGGUACUUUGAAUAAGCAUCUAUCACCACCAGCCACCUUAAAGUUAAUGGCAUGGUCAAUAUGAACUCCAUGGUUUUUCUGGCAACAUCCAGGGGUGGAUACUUGCUUUGUUUGGGUCUCUGGCGUGUUUUGCUCAUGCUUGGCAUGUUCGACCUAUCUCCAUGAUUUGAGUAUCAAGUCCAGGCCAAUAUACAGAUGAUCUUACUAACUGUUUCAUCCGCUCGAUUCCAAAAUGUCCUGUAUGCAGGAUUUGGAUAACUUGAGCUUGCAGUAUUUUUGGUACCACAAUACUUGAACCAUAAAAUAGACAAUUCGACUCCACAUAGAGUGAGUCUUGAAUAUUUUUAAAAGCUGCCAUAUUAGCUGCCUCCUUGUUCAAGUGUUCUUUGUUUGUAGAGGACGGCCAGCCCUCUUGACAAUAUCUCAUUAAAGUAGACACAGUAGAAUCUUUAAGUGACUCUUUAGCAAGGACUCCUGGGUCUGUUGGUCUGAUAUGUAAACUGAUUUGUUUGAUCAUACAAACAGAAUCCAUAUCUACUUCACUUUCUUCACCAUCAAAUAUGUCAUUCGGCCCUGAGGGUAGACAACUAAGAGAAUCCGCAUUGCAAUGUUCAGUUGACUUACGGAUUUUUUCACCUGCUUUACUCAAUGAGUUUUGAUUAGCAAUGUGAUUUAUCUUUGUUUGAAACAGUGCGUCUAUUGAAUUCCUGAGGUUCUUUAUUGCCAUUCUUCCCAAAAAAUUUAAGCUGUGAUUUUUCACUACUACAAAUGACAGAUUUGUAGUUAUUUCCCCUGCUUCAGCCUGCAUCUACACACUUCCCAAAACAUUAAGUAGGUCACCAGACGCUGAGUCGUACUUGACGAUACUGGGCUCAAUGUGGGUUGUCCCAGCUUUCGCCAAACAGAUUCAGACAUAAACUUUUCUCCGGCUCCAGUGUCAAUUUCAAAUGCAAACCUCUUUCCUUUUAAAAUGAGUUCUUGAAUAAUGUGUAUGAUAGUUUUUAUUUGGUUUUGCCUUCUUGUUCUUUUUAGAUGAAUCGGUUUCUGUUUUGGAGCAUUCUCUUUCUUAUUAAGACAAACUCUUUCUAGAUGUCCUAUCUUGUGGCAAAAGCGGCAGAUCACGUCUUUUUAUCUGCAGACAUUUCCUUUAUGGCCUCUUACUCCACACCGGCCACAUUUUCCACUCGGAAAAUCUUGUCUUUGAGAUGGAGAAAAUUUCCCUGCCGUCUGCUGUUGCUUCUUUCUUUGUGUCUGAAUUUUAUUGACAGGCGUUUCAUCAUGGACUGUUUCUUUGGCACAUUUCGCUGCCCCCUCUGUUUCAACAGCUAUGUCUACUGCCUUGUUGAAUGAAAGUUCAGUGUCGAAUUUUGAGUAUAUUUUCCAAAAUCUUAACGAAAUCAAUUAUAUAAAUUAGUGCAAAUGUUAUUAAUAAUAUUUUUUCCCUGGGCUCAGAUAUGUAUAGCAGUGAGGGAGGUUUAUAUCAUAUUUUUAAACUAUAAAAAAUGAAGAAUAGCGAUGUCAUUAUUAUGUUUAUUUAGUUUUAGCCUGUGCCAACAGAAACAAAAAGAAAAACAAUCACAUUCGCAUUCCCAUGUGAUGUAUUUUUAAAUUUUACAACUGGUAUUUACAAAAUUUUAUUAUUUUAAAAAAAAUAUUUUUUGUGUGUGUGGGUUUCUUGUGUGUAGAUGACAAAACAUAAAUAAAUUCAUAGUUCUGUGAUAUUUUGUUUAUAUUGUUUUCUCCAGAUGUUCUCUGAAAAAGUAUUUUAAUCAGGUAAAGUAAAGCUUAUUUAUUUGUAUUAUGUUGUAAAAGUUAAUGAACAUACAUUUAAGAUUGAAAUCUAAUAUUAUCAGUGUGUAAAUAAAUAAUUUUCAAUUUGAAUUCAUGCAGAUCUUAACGUGGAUAUUUAAAUAUCGCUCGACUAACGACCCUGAUUCAGAUGAUGCCACACCUCUUUAUUCGGGUAAAACGGAUUUAAUGCAUUAUAUUUUUAGGAAAAACUUUUUGAAAUUUUAUCAUAGUGUAGUCAAGUGAGCCGAAAACUUAAAUUAUUUAAUUUUUUUUUUUUUUUUUUAAAGAAGAAAAAUAAAAUUUAAAGGGUACAAAUUUAUUUUAUCAUUGAAACAUUAUAAUUCAUAUUUUCAUAAUUCAUCUUCAUCAUCAGUGUUUCUACGGCCCAUGUUGGGCCUGGCCUGCUCAAAUCCCAUUCUUACAUUCGUAUCAAUUCAUGACUUGCCGCUUUUAGGCGAGUACCCCCAGAUGAUGUUAGUGCUUCUACACAUCAUCAAUAUUGGGUUCCGUUUGCACCUAGGAUUCUUCCUGUAGAUCAUUUUGACUGCUUUACAAUCUGGCUUUCAGCUCAGUUUUGGUGAAAGUAAAAUAUGAAUUACAUUGAAAAAUUGUACAUCCAACUCUUUCUGUCUUUUUAUUUAUUUGAGACUAUGGUUUGGUCUUUGAACAAAGGAUAUGCCUCUUGUUUUGUUUGGAUUUUCCGUUCAUCAUUUUGUAUCACCAGACCGUAUAUUUUUUUUUUCUUUAGUAUUUGCCUCUCUUAUGAAUUUCCGCAUGUUUUCCGUUUGCCUGGUAAGACUGCAAGUGUCACUAGCGUAACUUACAAGGGUUUUAACGACGGUGGCGUUUAUGGCUCUCAUUAUCCUACUUGAGAAAUUGUUGUCUUCUAGUAGCCAUUGAUGUCUGAAAUAAAGCAGCCCCUCUCCUGUUAUCCAUUCUUUCAUCCCUGUCAUUUUUUUUUUCAUUUUAAUAAUUUAAUCCUAAAUAUUUGAAAAAGGAAUAUAUUUUAAAUAUACAUAAUUCAUUGUUUACAUAUUAAUAUUAAUAAUCAAUGUCACAAAAUAAUUGUGCAUCAUCUUAAUUUUUUUUAUCAAAUAAUUUUUUUUUGUGUGUUCUAUUUAGCCAUAAAAUACCAUGUACUUAAUACCGGCGUUUCAUCAGAAGAGAGUGAAAGUUGUAUGCACAAUCAAAUUCCUGCUGAUUUCAAGGCUAUUUCAGAACUGCAACUGACAGAUUUGCCUGUUGGUUAUCAAGAUAAAGAUUUAUUUAAAUUAAUAAAAACAAUAGCGGACCUGACUGUUAUGGUGUCAGUCAAAGAUAGGGGCAAUACAAUGAGUAAUUUUACUGGCUUUGUGGGUAAUGUUGUUAAAUACGAAACUAAAGAUCAAAAGCCAUGUCCAUGUAAUAAAUGUGAUUUAAGAAACCCUCAUCCAAUGAAAUGGGGAAAGAUUUUUGUAUACACGUCAACAUGUCCAGCUUUAAUUAAUUGUAAUGCCAAAAGCAUUCAAUGCCAACUUUCCUUUCAGACACCGACUGAAGUCAUUAAAACUAUCUAUGGUUAUGAGAUAGGUGAAUCGGAUAUAAAAACCAGCAAGUGUAAGCUUAAAUGUGUUACAUGUGACGUUAAAUUAUUGGAUAAACUUAUCGGUAUAAAACAACGUCUAUUAAACAUAAAUGCUAAAAUAAAUGAGAAAUUUAAGUAUCCUAAGGCAAACUUACAGCUAUCCAAAGACGAAAGAAGAAUAACAAUUAUUGUAUCGCACAUCCACGGUCCUGAGAAGUAUGUCUCAUUUGGACUUUGGAUGAAGCGGAAAGUAAUGCAUGAAAUGAAUGGUAACAUUGAACUUACAAAAUACAUUUACAAUGCUAAAACCCUUCCUGGCUGUGCUGGGGCGUAUGUUUAUAUUCUUGGGCGUGACCACGGGGGUUGGUUGUUUCAACAUCAUCACAUUGGAAUUGACAAAGAUGGCUUGGGUCAUUCUGGACAUGGAAUUGACCUUGUAUAAAUAAAGAUUAAUAUGUAUCAGAGUGAUAUUACGUUAUGACAGAAAAUUUAUUGAAACAAUAAGACGUGUAUCACACAAGGAGGCUGACAAACUUAAAAUUGAAAGUAAAUUUUAAUUUCAAUUAUUUUUUUCUAAAAAAUGAAACUAAAUAUUUAAAAAAAAGAAAUUAUUAAUGAUUUUUAGACAUUUUCAAUUAUUUUAAUAAUUUAAAUAUUAUUUUCCCAUCUGAUUGAAAAAAAGGAAUUGUAAAUUAUGUUAUUUGUUUACGUACAAUGUUAAUCCAUUAUUCAUAAAACGCUGCAACUAAGCAUACCUUUAGCAUUAAUUGCAUCAGACAACCUUUUCCCCUUAAUGUAAGAGAAAAAGAGUAAUAUAUAUUCUAAAAUGUUUACAUAUCUUACCUUUUUUAAAAAAAGUUGUAUUUAUCGCUAUAAAUUGGCAAAAAAAACUAGAAAUUAAGAAUGCAAGUUUUAUAUUUUGAUAUAUAAUAAUACACUGAAUAUAAAUAUAUGUAUAUAUGACAUCUUUCCGCCUUGCGAGAGGAUGAAGUAAUCCUACACUUCGACGAUAUUUCAUGACGUAUUCAUGGAUUGCGUUGCUUUUGUUAUCUUUCUUGAGUGUAAUGAUGAAAAUCUUAGACACAUCGUAGGUUUAAUUAAAAUGCAUCUCUUACUUUAACGCGAUGUGUUUAAUGUGUUUUAUAUGGCAUCAUUCCGUCUUCGCCAGAGUAUGGAGCAGUCCUACACUUCGACAAUAUUUAAUGAAGUAUUGAUGAAUUGCAUUGCUUUUGUUCUGUUUCUUGCAUAUAAUGAUGAAAAUCUUAGUAGCAUUGUACGUUGAAUUAAAAUGCAUUUCUUACUUUAAUGUGAUGUAUAACUGUGUUAUAUCAUUGCAAAGAAUAAUACAUGGAAGAGUGCGUUUAAUCUGUGUCAAGUACAUAAAUAAUAGGAAAAUAUAUGU